AUGUCCCCUGUCAAUAUCCCGAGUUCAGUGUUUCAGAUGACAAACGCCUCAAGCCACUUGGAAGGCCAAGCAGCAAGUACAGUCGAACAAACAGACAAUGAAGAAGUCAGAACAGAUUCCCAAACUGAGGAAGCUGCUGAAUAUGGUAUGCCCCCACCAAUUGGAGUCUGCAGUUGGCUGCUGAUAUUGAAGGGUAAGCUUUUGGAGCUCGCCGCAUUAAAAGACCAAGAUCCAACACACAUUCUCUUUCGUCGCCAUGUGGAAAAUGGCAGCUUGUGCGUGGAUUUGGAAGCAAAUUACAUCGAAAGAGAUGCAACGGUGCUUAGACAAAUGAUAAAGUCGGGUGAUAAAGGCCUCGAGGAAUACCAACAGAGGUUCAUGGCAAGACUCGUUCGCUAUUAUCAAUUCGUAUGCCAAUUUAGCAAAAUCAUGGACUUUGAUGAGCCAAACGGAGUUUUCUUACAUAGCUCGCUGUAUCUUGCGAAAAAACAUUGGGGAGAAGAAAAGGGAAUUCACCUCAGAGCAGAGAACGAAGACUGGGCCUCUCUUCACAGGACAGACAAGCCGGAUCAGUGGAUCUGUUACUUGGUUCACCAUCCCUUAUCUCGCUAUAUGAUGAGGGCUAUGAAGCUUGUGUCGAAUGAAGGUGGUAUCAUGAUCACAUUUAUCUCGGAAAGAUAUGCUAGUUGCUAUAUUGACACUUAG